AUCCAGGACAGCGUGGACGGUGACCCCUGUAAGUUUGUGUUGUGGUCUCGAGGCUCGGAGGAACGCUUCAUGCUGCAGGCGUCCUCAGCCAGCAUCAAGAUGACCUGGGUGGAGACCAUCUCCAUGCUGCUGGAAACACAGAACAACUUCCUGUCAGGCUACUUAAGAUCAGCUGCUCGCCGUCACCGUGGGUACAGUCGCCGCGGGAACUACAGGAGGAGCAGUGCACCCUGGGAAACAGACACGACAAGCAUGUCCAUAUUGACAAGAAAUGGAUCGGAGACUCCCGAACCGGUCACAGCAACAGUUACAGGCUGCAUCCCGUCCUGGCUGCAGGGGACUCUGCUGAGGAACGGACCGGGACUGUUCUCCAUCGGAGACUCAGAGUACAACCACUGGUUUGAUGGGAUGGCUCUGAUCCACAGCUUCACCUUCACUAAUGGCGAGGUGACCUACAGGAGUAGGUUCCUGAGGAGUGAGACCUUCAAGAGGAACAUGAAGGCCGAGAGGAUCGUAGUCACAGAGUUUGGUACCCUGGUCUACCCUGAUCCCUGUUCUAGCAUCUGGUCCAGGACCCUAACCCACAUGAGGAACCUGGUCCCAGACUUCACUGAUAACAACCUGGUGAACAUCGUGCGGUACGGCCGAGACUACUACGCCUCAUCAGAGGUCAACUACAUCAACCAGAUAGACCCCGUUACCCUGGAGACCGUCGGCAGGACCAACUACAGGGACCACAUCUCCCUGAACUUAGCCACAGCCCAUCCUCACUAUGACGACGAGGGAAACACGUACAACAUGGGCACGGCCAUCAUGGGCUUCGGUCGGCCCAAAUAUAUCAUCUUCAAGGUCCCAGCGGACACUUCAGAUGAAGAGAAGAAGAAGAAGCCGGCGCUGAGGAGGGUCCAGCUGGUGGGUUCUAUCCCGGUCCGGUCCGUCCUGUCCCCGAGCUACUUCCACAGCUUCGCCAUGACCCAGAACUACUUUGUGUUCGUGGAGCAGCCGUUCAAACUGGACAUCUUCAAGCUGGCCACGGCCUACGUUAGGGGGGUCACCCUGGGGAGCUGUCUGCGCUACGACAAGGAAGACACCACCUUGUUCCACGUCGUCGACAGACGCACGGGGAAGGCCGUGUCGACCCGUUACUACGGCGACGCCUUCGUGGUCUUCCACCACGUGAACGCGUACGAGGACGGCGACCACCACGUGGUCCUGGACCUGAUCAGCUACCGGAACAGCAACCUGUACGAGAUGUUCUACAUCAGGAACCUGAAGCUGGAGACCAGCAGCUUCAUCGAGGCCAACAAGGACUUCUCUCCUCCGGUCUGCCAGCGCUACGUGCUGCCGCUGCACGCACACACGGAGUCUCCCCGAGGGUCUAACCUGGUAACUCUGACCGACACCACGGCCACCGCCGUGGUGCAGGAGGACGGCUCCGUCUACUGCCGGCCAGACGCUCUGUUUGAAGGGCUCGAGCUGCCGGCCAUAAACUACAACUUCAACGCCAAGAAGUACCGAUACUUCUACGGCUCUCGGGUGGACUGGUCACCUCAUCCUAACAAGGUCACACACACACACACACACACGCAGACCCACGUGGAGUGGUACCAGGAGAACUGCUACCCAUCCGAGCCGGUGUUCGUGUCGCCCGGGGCAACGGAGGAAGACGACCGCGUCAUCUUGUCCUCCGUCGUGUCUCCUGAUCCCUCCAUCUCUCCGUUCCUCCUCGUCCUCGACGCCAAAACCUUCACGGAGAUCGCCAGAGCCUCCGUCCCCGCCAGCGUGCACAUGGACCUGCACGGACACUUCAUCCCCGCCGCCAACGCCGUCUGACGCCCAGCACGCCCAAUUUUUUUUUUUUUAAGUUGAUAAAAAAGGGUAAAAAUACUCAGAAUUCCUUAAUUUUUGCCGCUUUUUUCAACCUUUUUUGGACAAUUUCUUCUGGUUUUUUUUAUUGACAAUUUGUUUGAUGUUUUUGACAAUUUUUCCUGCAUUUUUUUGGACAUUUUUUUUUUGGAGAAAAUAAUUCUACGUUUUUUGGACGCCAUCCAGCACGCCAAAAAAAGCCCAAAAAAAGUUGGU